UCCAUGUCAGUUUCUUGCAAUAGUUAUCUCACAACAAUUCUAAUCUAAUCAUGUGUGCAAAUUGCCAGAGCCUUUUUAGCUUUAUUUUAAAGAAAAAAAAAUUAUCAUCUUCUCCAAAAAUCCAAAAGCGGAGAAGAGAUCAGAUCGAAAUGGUUGCAGUAUUCAAUAAAGAACUCCUGAGUUGGUACCUCAUCACACUCAAGCUCAAUCAAGCAGUAGAAACCGGCUUGCAAAAUGCUCAAAGCCCCACCAACUUAACACCCCUCGAUUUCCCAGGAAAAAAAGGCGAUGAGGCGGCAGCGGCGGAGUCGGAAUGGGUGGUCGCCAUCAAAGAGAAGCUCGAGCAAGCCCGAGCCGAUGACGGCGCGUGCGCGUGGGGGAAGCUCUCCAUCUACAGGAUCCCGCAGAGCCUCCGCGUCGGCGGCGACGACAAGGCCUACAUUCCCCAGACCGUCUCGCUGGGGCCCUACCACCACGGCCGCAAGCGGCUGCGCGGCAUGGACCGCCACAAGUGGCGGGCCCUCCACCGCGUCCUCGAGCGGACCGGCCACCGCGUCGAGCUCUACCUCGACGCGGUGAGGGAGGUCGAGGAGCGGGCCCGCGCCUGCUACGAGGGCCCCCUCGGCCUCCCCAGCAAGGACUUCGUCGAGAUGCUGGUCCUCGACGCCGUCUUCGCCCUCGAGCUCUUCCAGGGCGCCGCCGCCGGCUUCGCCGCCCUCGGCUACUCCCGCAACGACCCCGUCUUCGCCAUGCGCGGCGCCAUGCACUCCAUCCAGCGCGACAUGAUCAUGCUCGAGAACCAGAUCCCUCUCUUCGUCCUCGACCGCCUCCACGCAAUCCAGUGCCCCGCCGCCACCGCCGACAGAGGCGCCGUCGCGAGGCUGGCGCUCCGCUUCUUCGACCCCCUCAUGCCGACGGACGAGCCGCCCCCGCCCCAGACCCGGGGCGGCGGCAGGCCCGCCGUCUUCUUCGAUCCCCUCACGGACCAGGGCGGUCUGCACUGCCUGGAGGUCUUCAGGCGCAGUCUCCUCCUGGUCCGCACGGGGCCGAACAAGCCCGCCCCACGCGUCUGGAUCAAGCGAUGGUCCCACGCGGGGCGGGUGGCCGACAGGCGCCGUCAGCAGCUGAUCCACUGCGUGACGGAGCUGAAGGAGGCCGGGAUCAAAUUCAAGCGGAAGAAAACCGACAGGUUCUGGGACAUCGACUUCGACAGCAGCCGCGGCGUGCUGCACGUGCCGCAGCUGCUGGUCCACGACGGCACGAAGUCGCUGUUCCUGAACCUGAUCGCGUUCGAGCAGCGCCACCUCGAAUGCACCAACGACGUAACCUCGUACGUGAUCUUCAUGGACAACCUGAUCGACUCCCCCGCCGACGUGAGCUACCUGCAUUACUGCGGGAUCAUAGAGAACUGGCUGGGCAGCGACGCCGAGGUGGCGGACCUCUUCAACCGCCUCUGCCGGGAGGUGGUGUUCGACAUCAACGACAGCUCGCUGUCGCGGCUGUCGGAGAAGGUCAACAGGUACUACGACCACCGGUGGAACGCGUGGAGGGCGAGCUUGACGCACAAGUACUUCAACAAUCCAUGGUCCAUUAUCUCCUUCCUUGCCGCGCUCGUCUUGCUCGUCUUGACUUUGGCGCAGACGUUUUAUACUGUCUACGCUUACUAUGCUCCGACUUCUUGAUCCAACAAUCAUUCUUUUAUUUUUUUUGUUUGCUUAUUUCUUCAUGCUGUUUCGUUUUCUGCUUCACACAAUAGUGCGAGUGAUAUUUUUUUUCCGUCCACAAAAAGUAUAACACUUUUGAUGGACACGGGUUAUAAUAAAAUUGGCGAUGAUUUUUAUAUAUGUAGUGGAGAAAGGAUCCCACCAUUUUAUGAGAUGUGUGGUUGAGAUUGAAUUUGAGAUGAUUUUUGUGUAAAUAAGUACUUGUAAGGAUAAAAGUUAAGAAAAAAUGGCAAAAGUGUCAUAUUUUUCGUAGACGGGGGGAGUACUUUUGUUUAGAACUAUAGUGAGAGUGAUUUUGAUUCUUUUCUGAAGCAUGUAUUGAAGUUUGUAGAUGUGGAUGAAUAUCUAGAUAUGUAAGUACUUAUUAUACAAAUUUGAGAACAUUGUGGGAUGAAUAUGAGAAUUUUGAGCCUCUACAUUUGGUGUAGUGAAGUUUUGUAGAUGUGGAAGUGGAAAGAAGUGGAAUGAUUAUCAGCAAUUUUAGUGCGAUGU